UUUUUUUUUGUUUUCAGACUGUUGGGCUUUCGCAGAGCGAUGCCUGUUACCGGGAGACGCCUAAACAUGACGACCGAAUUAUAUCAGAAAGCCGAGGGGGAGCUGCUGAAAACAUUUUUCGUUUCACCGUCGGACAACUUAUGUUUUCAUGGGAAAUGUACUUAUUAUUGCGAUACGUCGCAUGCUAUUUGUGGAAAUCCGGAUAUGCUGGAGGGAAGUUUCGCGGCGUUUUUGCCGUCGAAGGAGUUCGCGCCGAGAAAGGUUUGGAGGCAUCCCUGGAGACGCUCGUAUCACAAAAGGAGAAAAGCUCAAUGGGAAACUGAAGCUAAUUACUGUUCAGUUGUCCGUGAAAUUCCGCCGUAUGAUCAAGGGCGACGGUUAUACGAUCUCAUGGACAUGGCCGUUUUCGACUUUAUGACCGGAAAUAUGGAUCGACAUCAUUACGAAACUUUCAAGCUGUUUGGAAAUGAUACCUUUCCGCUCCAUUUGGAUCAUGGCAGGGGAUUCGGUAAGCCUUUCCACGACGAGUUGUCCAUACUAGCUCCGGUGCUACAAUGUUGCAUGAUUAGACAAAGCACCUUAGAAACUUUGCUCAAGUAAGUAAACUAAUUUUUUUUUGUUUCUAUAUAUUUUGUAC